GGGUUAACUGCCUUGUUCAGGGGCAGAACGACAGAUUUUUACCUUGUCAGCUCUGGGAUUUGAUCUAGCAACCUUUCAGUUACUGGCACAACGCUCUAACCACUAGGUUACUGCUGCCCCUUUAGAUUGUGUGGUAAAUAUAUUCUGUCUUUUGAAUAUGGAUUCAUCCAGUCCAAUGGGAUUACUGAGUUUUAACUGUCUUUCUCUAUGUUGAUCAUUAUUAAAGUGGCAAUAUGUAACUUUUUGGGCGACCUGACUAAAUUUACAUAGAAAUGUGAGCUAUAGAUUUAUCAUUCUACUUGAAAGCGAAAUGAUUUCGGCAUAGUGCAGUUUUAAGAGAUUAACGACUAAUUUGGAUUUUGUAGCUGUGCUUAAGGAUACCCAAGAUAAUCGAUGCUGGUGGGAGGAGCUAUAAAACAGACUGAUUGUAAUGGCUGGAAUGGAGCUAGAUGCAGACACCAACCCCUGGACCUUCUGGCAAAAAAUCUAAACAAUCAACAGAGACAAAACCAAUAACAUCAUACCUGUGCUAAAGUCUCAAAACCAACUCAUCGAAGACAACGAAACAAAAGCAAUCCCAUUCAGAAACCACCUACAAAAUGUUCAUUCUUGUCCCAACGAUCCUCUCUUUGACAAAGACUGGAAAACCAUCAUCAACAGAGAAAUGCAGAAAACCGUGUACACCUCAAAUCCGACACCAGUAGACCAUCCCCUCACCCGCUCUGUUAGCAUUGAAGAAAUCAAUGCUAAAAAAACAAAGCACCAGGGGAAGACAACAUUGACAGCACACUCAUCAAACAAGCACCUGAUGAAUACCUGCACCUCCUUUCCAACCUCUUCACAGAAUGUCUCACGGAAGGCUACUUUCCCCUACCUUGGAAAUCUGCAGUUGUCACAAUGAUCCACAAACCUGGCAAAGACCCAUACAACGUCACAAGUUAUAGACCAAUCAGCCUCCUCAGUCAUGUCGGGAAGCUGUUUGAGAGAGUAAUCACCCAAAGACUGAGCGGACACACCGAGGAAAUGGGCCUCCUUGGAAUCCACCAAGCUGGCUUCAGGAAAGCAAGAUCAACCACCGAUAAAAUUCUAAGACUGUCAGAGGACAUCCUUCGGAACUUCAAGAAAAAAAAACUUACCCUGGCAGUUUUCUUUGACAUAGAGAAAGCAUUUGACAAGAUGUGGCACAAUGGACUGUGUUACCGGCUCGCAGACUCCAAUCUCAAACUACCGCUCUCCAUCAGAAACAUCAUCACCAGCUUUCUCCAUAACCGUACAAUUAAAGUGAAGGUCUCCACAGCAAUAUCCUCACCUUUCACCCCGGAGGCAGGUGUCCCACAGGGGGCAGUUCUAAGCCAGCUACUCUUUCUACUAUACAUAUCAGAUAUCUACUACCAUCCACCCACCAUAGGUCAAGUCUCACAGUUUGCCGAUGACCUCUGCUACUGGUCCAGCUCCAAAUGUCCUCAACUUGCUGCAAAAAAACUCCAGAAGUCUAUUGAAAGGAUCGAGUCAUGGUCUAACAUGUGGCGAGUAAAAUUGAACCCACAAAAGACCCAAUGUGUCCUCUUCACAAGAAGCACCAGCAAAAAAACAGGAAACCCAUAGAUCUCAAACUCUACGGUGAAACAAUAAAAGUAGAAAAAGAAGCAAAAUUCCUUGGAGUUACCUUCCAGAAGAACAUGCACUGGACAAUCCAUAUAGCGAACAUAGAGCGAGAGAGGGACGAAAAAGACUAAACCACCUAAAAACGCUGUGCGGAAGAAAAUAUGGAGCCUCACCUCAGACAGUGAUGGAAGUCUACAUCAGCUACAUCUGAUCCCUCUUUGAAUACGCCCUGCCAGCCUGGAUAACAGCUUCACCUCACAGUGCUGAAAUUCUACAUCAGCUACAUCUGAUCCCUCUUUGAAUACGCCCUGCCAGCCUGGAUAACAGCUUCACCUCAGACAGUGCUGAAAGUCUACAUCAGCUACAUCCGACCCCUCUUUGAAUACGCCCUGCCAGCCUGGAUAACAGCUUCACCUCAGACAGUGCUGAAAGUCUGCAUCAGCUACAUCCGACCCCUCUUUGAAUACGCCCUGCCAGCCUGGAUAACAGCUUCACCUCAGACAGUGCUGAAAGUCUGCAUCAGCUACAUCCGACCCCUCUUUGAAUACGCCCUGCCAGCCUUGAUAACAGCUUCACCGCAGCAGAUGAAUCGGCUACAGAUAGUCCUAAACAUGGCAAUAAAAAUGGCUUACAGACUACCAAGAUACAUCCGCAACCACUAUGUUAACAGCAUAUCUGGACUGACAUCAAUAAACAUUAGACAGUCAAUCAUUGGCCAGAAGUUAAUCAACAGAGCCACUCACAACACAUCAUUGAAGGAAGCCGUGGGACAGGCCAAAUGGACCACAGAUACACCCAUGUCCAUAAUGCUGAAACUGACCUAGAAGAGGGGAAGAAAAAAAAAAGAAAAAAAUAUAUAUCACAACAACAAAAAAAUAAUCAUUUGUGUAUGUAUGAACAUGUGUAGAUAUAUGUGAAUGCACUCCUUAGCGCCCCCACCCCUCUCCCCAUGCACAGUUGUGAGCUAUAAUUUUAAUUAUGUUUUUUUAUCCCUUAUUUUUUACUUUUUUAUUUUAUUUUAGAUAUUUUUUUUACUUCUAUUUUUAAAGCAAAACACCACAAACUCAUGUCGGGGAAAGCAAAAAGGCGAAACUGACCACACCCUCCUUCCUUGCUCCUGGCCUGCCCUGCCUCUUCCACCAAUCCAAUUGUUUCUUAUGGACAGAAAAGAGCAGAGGCUCUGAGCUGUCCGAUCAGGUCCAUUGUCUACUUACUUACUGGAAUGGAAUUCUUGGAACUGAGUCAAAUGUGGUUUCCAUGUUUGUUUUUGAUAACUUUCUAAUUAUUCCAUUCAAUACCAGCAAUUACAAUGAGCCCAUUCGCCUAUCAAAUUCUAUUAGUCAUAUACACAUGUUAAGCAGAUAUUAUUGCGGAUGUAGCGAAAUGCUUGUGUUUCUAGCCCAAACAGUGCAGUAAUUUCUGUAACUAUAUCCUAUAGUUAUUCUUUGAAUGAGCAUGUAUAUGAAAAUACUUAUAUAUUCUUGAUUUGAUAGCAUGUAUUGUUGAGCUCAGUGAUUUUGCUCAGCUCAAAGUAACACGUUUUUAGCGUUCCUCUGCUCUGCUGAAAGCUCUUGCCUGCAAUGCGAUUCUUCAGUUUCACUCCAACACAUUAGGUGGCAGCAUUGUUGGUGGCGCGCUCACACCAGUGAGUGUUUCGGUUUAAUUCAAAAUGGCUGCGCCCUGAGCAUUAGUUGAAGGUGUCUGCUUUGAGCAUUGAAUAACGGGAAGACGGACGGAUAGACGGCGUUCCAUACAGAACGGGAUGUCCAAGAUCUCCAAGGCCGUGAAGAAGGUGGACAUGGAGGGCGUGAUCCGGGCCAUCGUGAGGUUAGGACAGGCGGCUCCCGGACCUCCUCCUGGGUCCUGUCCUGGGACAGAAGGGCAUCCCUAUUGGCCAGUUCUGCUAGGACUUCAACGAGAAGACAGAAGAGCUCAAGGAAGGGAAUCCCUCUGCCCAUCCAGAUUCAUGUUAAGGCUAUGAGACAGUCGGGAGGGUGUCUGUGGAGGGCUGUGUAUGAGAUCGCUCAGGUCAAGACACAGGACGAGGCCUUCAAGAUGCAGAAUGCUUCCUUAGAGACGGUCGUCAAGAGCAUCAUCGGUUUGGCUCGCUCGUUGGGUGUUGAGAUCAUCAACGAUUUAUCGGCAGAGGAGUCGAACACUUUCCUGGAGGAGAAGGAGAGGCUGAGAGCCGAGGCUGCGGCCGAAGCAGAAUCAGUGAAGAAGAAAUGAGGACCACCCCAUAUCCUACAUAUGCAUUUAUACUGACCCUGUACUGUACACAUACCACUCACAUACACACGUUCUGUCAUUUACAGUAGAUCUGUAUUUCUUAGCAAAAUAAACUUGUAUGAUUUUAA